AUGGUCCACAGACACAUAGCGAAAGACAAAAGUUGUAGCAGAUGUGGGGCAGAGGCAGAGACUGUCAAUCACCUACUCUUCACUUGUCCGUAUGCCCGCCUGAUAUGGGCAGUAGCUAACGUGCAUAUCCCGCCCCCAGGAUCGUGGUCUGAUUCAUUCUAUUCCAAACUCCAUUGGGUCUUAAAUUUAAAACAAGAGUAUCCAAAGGAGCAGGUGGAAGAAGAUCUAACCCCAUGGAUCAUGUGGAGGCUUUGGAAGAAUCGCAAUGAACUGCUUUUCAGAAGUAAGGAGUAUACAGCACAGAUGUAUGUGGAGAAGGCGAGGGAUGAUGCGAGGGUAUGGAAGAGUAGAGAAGAGGUUAAAUUGAAAGAGGUGAAACCGCCUGCAGCAGCUAUACCGGAGAGACGUUGGACUCCACCACCUCAAGGCAAGCUUAAGUGCAAUACAGAUGCAACAUGGAUGCAAGAAACUGAAGUUGGUGGAGUGGGAUGGGUACUGAGAGAUCAUAACGGUGAUAUGCUGUGGGCUGGGGCGAAAAGGUUACCCGACAUGGGAUCAGUGCAUGAAACAGAAAUGGAAGCUUUACGCUGGGCUAUACGCACGCUAGCAGGGUUUGGAUAUAGAAACGUCACGUUUGAAUCUGACUCUCAAGUGCUGGUGAGGAUGCUGAACAAUGAAGAGGAAAUCUGGCCCAGGGUGAAGCCCAUGAUCCAAGCGAUAAGCUCAUCACCGUCGGGUAUGGAGAAAGUUGAGGUGGCCUAUUAUCCUAGGAGUGGAAAUAAAAUUGCACAUAGAAUAGCGAAAGAGACUACUAUGUUUACGUCCAUUGUCCCUAAGUUGUAUUAUAUUGUGACUAGUGGGUUAUUAUCUUGUAUGGAGGCUGAUAAGUCAUUUGUAGAACAAUGA